CGACUCAUGAACUGCAGGGAGGCCAGUAAAUCCAUAAUCCAUGCAACACCAUAUGCCAGGUGUCUGAACAGGGCAUUCUCUACGCUACAGCUUCACUUUAGUUACUUAGUAGAAAACAUGUAAUGAAGCUACGCCUUGGUACACCUGGUCGCUGGCAAGCAAGUCACCACCGCGUCUUAAAUCAGUAGCGAGUGCAUGAGAAACUUUUGCCUACCAAUAGAUUCGACGUCGUCAACAAGAAGGUCAGUCGUGCAGUGGCUCGGACGGCACGGAGCUCUGGAACGCACGUCGGCUCGGGGCUCGAAGAGUCGGACGCCCGACCCGCUUUCUCGCCUCCGGGCGCACGCAAUCAGGCGGUCGUCGGUGUGCACUACGACGACUUAGGCUUGACCGUAGUCAAAUACCUUCCAAAAAAGGAUUCGUUUUCUUUUGUUCCUUCUUUGGGUAAUCGCGCGCUGCACCUGGGCUAAGACGGCCUGGACUUUGCGCAGCACACAUGCAGGGAUCCUUCGGCUCUUUUAACGGACGUGGAAGCAUGAACGGUGGAGGUAGUGGUAGCGCUCGGACAUCGUUUGGUUCGGGCGGAGGUAGGGCUUCCGGCUCGGGCCGUAAAGUCCAACUGUGCAGCAACUGCGAGACGCCGCUCAGCCAGGAUGAAAUGCUGCUGUCAAGUCAAACGGAGGGGCGCUGCGUAGCGUGCCAGCAAUUGGUUGAGGCCCAAUCCGCAUGCCGUGUCUGCCACCUUCCCUGGAGCAACAACCACACCAACGUGGUGGCCUGCGACUCGUGCGGCUUCUACAUGCACGAGAACUGCGUCAAGAAGGGAGCCCUGCAGACCAAGUCCGGAGGCCGCCUCUACACCUACUGCCCGCACUGCCCGCCCACACUGCCGCCGCCCUCGGCCGCCGCACCCGGGGGACGCGGCAGUGACGCCGGCGGCAGCAGCCUCGUCAAGACCGAGCGCGCCGGCCGCCAGAGCCAGAGCUCCCUGCCGCUCUCCGCCUCCCUCGCCGCGCAACAGCAACAGCAGGCCGCCGCCGCCGCCGCAGCAGCUGCUGCCGUACUGCCCUCCGGCGGCCGCGGCGGCCUAGCUGCCUCCGCCGCCCUCGCCCUGCCCGCGCAGCCCCAGGCGCAGCUGCAGCAGGUGGCGGUGCUGCUGCAGGGGCAGCUGCGCAUGCUGCAGACCCAGCAGGCGGCCCUGCUGCGGCAGUACGAGCAGCAGCUGCGCGCCGUCACCCCCGCCGCGGCGCCCACCGCCUUCUCGCUCUUCCAGCUGGACAUGUUCCGGGUGUACCAGGAGGAGGGCUUCGAGAUCGACCCGCUGGAGCUGCACCCCAUCAUCCAGAACGCCUGGCACCAACUCACCACGGACGAGCGCGCGGGGUACGACAGCCGCGCGGCGGCGGAGGCGGCUGUCUGGACCGCCUCCGCGCAGCUCUACGCGCAGCUGUACCACGAGUACGAGACGCUGGCGGGGCAGGUGGGGGUGCCGCCGGACCCCUCGCUGCUGCCCAAGUCCAUGCAGGGGAUGCUGGUGGCGGUACGGCAGCUGGCGGGGCCGGGGCGCCCGCUGGCGGGGCCGGG